AUGUGGACUGAUUUCUGUGGCGAAUACGAAUCUCAAUUAUACAUACGGGGGACGAUUACGGUAUUUCGGAGAGAGACAAGCACUGCUAACGACGGAAAACGAGCCUGUCUGAUCGUCUCGUCAAAGGAGCUUGCAAACAAGGAAUUAUGCUUUUCCGCCAUUUACAGGGCGUAUAGGCCUAUAAUUUUUGCGGGCACUUCUGGUAAGGAACAAUGGGCUAUGCUCUGUCAAAACCGUUUGAAGGUAGGGUCUAUGUAUGCAUCCGCAAAAGUUUACUGCCAACCAGAAGAAAUACUUCCCGGAGCUGCUGUUCUUGGGGCGAUUUGUGAGCGGCGCAUCUCUCAGCCCUUGUUGCCAAUGUCAGAUUUUGCUGCCAAUCUUACCAACACAAAUAUUGCUACAAUGAGAGUUAUCGAAAAUGGAGAGAUACCGAAAAAGGAAACAGUUGACAGCCUAAUUCUAAUUUCCGAGAAAUUCUUUAGGCUUUCAUUAAAGACAGUUACCGUUGAUACUAUUGAAUCGAAAAACCGUCAUGCCUACGGAUUCGCCAUGUAUGGCAUCUGGGGCACCGUUCUGGUCGUUGGAAUUAUCCAUAACUUUUUCACUUGGGCCUUUUUCAACCAGCUGGGAAGGAAAGGGGUUGACUUGGAAGGCGGUUAUGCUCUUAAGUUUCGAAACCUUCAUCAGGUCUUUAGGCCAUUGUCAUAUCUCUCCAAUUGGGUUCAGACACACGUGGCGAUCCCGAGCGUUUUUGGGUCUUAUCACUUGCGGACACUAUACGGCUGUGACAUACCGACCAGGCUAGAAGCAAUUGUGAUAUUCUCGUAUUGGCUCAUAAUUGCAGUCCUGUGCUGCGUCAAUUAUGAACUUUUUGUAGGAAACUUGGUGAUGCCAACUACAAACGCACAGCUAUGCCGUUACCUUGCAAAUCGUACCGGGGUACUUGCAUUUGCAAAUCUCCCUCUCGCCUGGAUGUUUGCAGGAAGGAACAAUAUCUUCCUUUGGGCCACGGGCUGGAGUUUCCGAAUGUUCAAUAUCUUCCAUAGGCAGGCCGCCCUAGCCGCAACUCUACUUGCCAUUGUCCAUUCUAUUGCAUAUACGGCACUAUAUUUCCUUAUAGCGGCCUAUCAAAGCGCUUUUAGGGAAAAAUGGUUUAGCAUGGGCGUUGUGGGAACUGUGGCAAUGAGUUUCCUGGUGAUACUCUCAUGUUUGUGGUUCCGAAAGAAAUCAUACGAGCUGUUCUUGCUUAUUCACAUUGCUCUAUCUGCUGUGAUAAUUGCAGCCAUGUUUUCUCACGUAUCCAUAUUUUCUGGCGAAUAUGACCCCUAUCUUUGGCCACUUGUUGCUAUAUGGGGGUUCGAUAGAAUUUUGCGCCUUAUUCGAAUUAUAUACUGCAACAUUCGGGUUCGGUUUGCUAGAGGCGGCCUUCAACACACGAGCACCGUUGCUUACUAUGACAAGUUAUCGGACAUCAUUAGGCUGGAAGUAACACCAGCCGCAACUGGUAUUUCUCAAAAGCCUGGACGAUAUUACUUUCUGUAUCAGCCUUUCAGAUGGACCGGGUACGAGAGUCACCCAUUCACACUCGGAGCGUGGGUUGAAACUCCAAAACCCGUCACAGAGAAUGGCUCAGAAUCAGGACUUUCUUCUAAUACCGUUGAUGAGAAUGGUAAAAAUGGUGGAUUAUGCCACGGCACCAAAGUUUCCAAUAGCCAGAAUCCAGGAGGCAACAGUUCCAACGAGAUUAAAUACAUAUUUUGGAUACGACCGUAUAAUGGGUGGACUCGCCAGCUUCGUGAUCAAUGUGUGCAAUCCGGUGACACUGCUACCUCCACCACAUUGCUAUUAGAAGGUCCAUAUGGCGAUACAGCUCCUUUGUGGGCCUUCGAAUCAGUCUUGCUCAUCGUUGGCGGUACAGGGAUCACUGCGGCCGUUCCUUAUAUCCAGGAUCAUAUCCGACGCGCAUCUUCCACCGCAGAAGGUACAUGUGUGAAGAACAUAACCCUUAUCUGGUCAGCGAGACAAGCUUCCUUUAUUCAUGACGUUGCCUCCAGGGAGCUGCGACCUGCUUUCGGUAGAGAAGACUUCCGUGCUUCAUUUUAUUUGACAGACAAGAGCGCUGCACCAAUCGUUCCUUCCCCGACCUGCACAGAAACAACGUCAUCCCUAAAUACAACACUUCCGGAUGGUAGAAGAAUAGACUCCAAGCUGAAGACUCUUGCUGCAGAUUUGAAGUACGAUGUGAAAUACGGCAGACCAGACACCAGGUCUAUUAUUUUGGAAGGGGCAAGGAGUGCAAACAUGGCCAACUCGUGGCUUGCAGUACUUGUUUGUGGACCAGAUGGUCUGGCAGACGAAGCAAGAGACGCAAUUCACUACACUAUGCUCCAGGGAUAUCUGCAUAUAAGGUACAUUGAGGAUGCGUACAGCUGGUAG